CGUUUUUGUUUUCUCAGGACGCAGAACGUUCUUGGUGAGAAGGGCCGGCGGAUCCGGGAAUUGACUGCUGUGGUUCAGAAGAGGUUUGGUUUCCCUGAGGGCAGUGUAGAGCUUUAUGCCGAAAAGGUGGCCACAAGAGGUCUGUGUGCUAUUGCCCAGGCAGAAUCUCUGCGUUACAAACUCCUAGGAGGCCUUGCUGUGCGGAGGGCCUGCUAUGGUGUGCUGCGGUUCAUCAUGGAGAGUGGGGCCAAAGGCUGUGAGGUCGUGGUAUCUGGGAAACUCCGAGGACAGAGGGCUAAAUCCAUGAAGUUUGUGGAUGGCCUGAUGAUUCACAGUGGGGACCCUGUUAACUACUACGUUGAUACUGCUGUGCGCCAUGUUCUGCUCAGACAGGGUGUGCUGGGCAUCAAAGUGAAGAUCAUGCUUCCCUGGGACCCAAGUGGUAAGAUUGGCCCUAAGAAGCCCCUGCCGGAUCAUGUGAGCAUUGUGGAACCCAAAGACGAGAUCCUGCCCACCACGCCCAUCUCGGAGCAGAAGGGUGGGAAGCCAGAGCCGCCUGCUAUGCCGCAGCCGGUACCCACCGCGUAACAGGGCUGCCUGGCUCACUUUCCCUGCCUGCUUUCCCUGAAAUCCUUGAUUCAGCUGUGCUUGUGAGGCAAGAGCAAGAACAGGAGGACCCAAACAGAGCUAACCAGAGUAAUAUCCUGUAAAUCUGGUGAAAGCAAAGGCUGAUUGCUCACAGGACAGCACCUUGAGAAGGGCUGAGGGUGAGGUGGUUUUGAGUAGACAAACUGGUGUUGGGAGGCCUCAGUACUGCACACGUGUAAAGUGAGAUUUGAGUGCCUUGAAUAAAUGAUUUCUGUGCCCACCCCUAUAUCUAAUGCAA